AUGGCAACACAGAAACCACUAGAGGCAGUCGCGGUUUCUGUUGAAGUUGGCUUGGGCAUAGCCGUUACUGCAUCCGAUGAAGACCUGCAGGUCUUGUUUCACUGCAGGCGGAGUUUUUCGGAGGUUAUAAUACCCGAGCUGCUUGCGAAGUUAGAAGAUGGUGUCGACAGCUCCGGGGCAUCGGCGCCGAAUUCUCAUUCGACGACGGUGGGUGGUGCCUCAACAUCGAUGCCUGUGGUAGCAGCGGCAGUUCUGAUUCCUGAUCCUCAACAUGUUGCGGCUGUUCAUGUUGGUGUGCCUCCUGGUGAUCCUGAUUUUGAAUUUGAGGCUGGAGUGGAUCGAAUUGAGAAUGCAAUGCGAGACGAUGAUUCGGAUGACAUGCCGGUUACAAUUGGUGGGGACAAUUAUGAUGAUAUUCCGAGCGGUACACCUACACCACAUGGAGGUUCCGGUUCGGGCACACAACAGUAUCCUUCGCACCUGUCAUCGUUGAACUUGGAAGCCGUCGGCCAACACAAGAAUGUAGAGGCAACCUUCGGGGGCCAGGGUAUGCAUGAUGUGAAUGCUUUGACGAAAUUUCAGAUUGGCCAGUCGUUCCAGAGUAAGGAGAAAACUGUGUUGAGGGUAAAAUAUUACAGCAUUCGGCGUGGAGUUGAGUACAGAGUUAAGGAGUUAGACAAUCUGAAAUACCAAGGGAGAUGUAAGGAGUUUGGUAACGGGUGCACGUGGUUAAUUCGUAUCACGCUGCAAGAACGGAAGAGCACUUUGGAAGUUGGGAGGUACAACAUGCCACACACGUGUAUGGCCACAUCGAUAUCAAGCGACUACAAACAGCUUGAUUAUCAUGUCAUAUGUGCGAGGAUCUUUUCGUUGGUUAGAGCUGAUGCGUCCAUGACGAUUAAGGUGCUGCAAGAGGCAAUGGAGGCAACAUAUGAUUUCAGGCCUAGUUAUAGGAAGGUGUGGUUGGCGAAGCAGAAGGCAGUAGCACAAAUCUAUGGAGACUGGGAGGAGUCCUAUGGUGAUCUGCCCCGCUGGAUCCUUGUGGUCACAUCCACCAUGGACAGUUCCGUUGCUCUGCUGAAGACCUCCCCGGUUAGAGUGGGUGAUCAGGUUGAUGAAUCUAGAGUCUACUUUCAUCGUAUGUUCUGGACAUUUCCUCCAUAUAUUGAGCCAUUUCGACACUGUAAGCCGCUUGUCAGCAUCGACGGCACACACCUGAAACCAAGCUGGUCGGCCAGCCUCCAUGAAUUUCUCAAACUCACCAAGGCAAACCACUCAUGGCCUCCCCAUCGACAGGCAAUCCAAGCUGUAAUGCCACAUCUUGCAAUGUCACUGUGCACUCUCCAAAAGACAUAUGAAAGGUGUGCGUCUCAGGGCGCCACCUCUCAAUAUAGCAUUGACCAAGGGCUCAUCCAACCAGAACCAGUGGCUGUUUAA